UUUCAGUCAAAAAUACAAAAUGCAACCAAGAUCAAUUGCACUUCUCCAGAGAAUAGAUACAAAUGUUGAACAAAUACUUCAAAAAUUCGAAGAUAUAUUUGAAGUAGCCAUUAUUCAAGAUAAAUCGAGAGAACAGCUUUCAGUUGAGAACCUUACUAUUGAGUCCGAUUCUGCUUUGAUAAUAAGGCUUUGCGAGGAUCUCCUUUCGAUUACCAGAGACCUCAAAGAAGCAUGGUGUUUAGGAACUUUGAAAGUCACUCGAAAUGCCGAUGAAGACAAAAGCGAAGAGGAGGUUAGGGCAGUGUUUGAUAAAUUCAAUGAGCUCACAGAGAGAAUAGCGGGGUUCAAGGAUAUUAAAAAAGUUGAAAGUAUAUAAAAUACUAGAUUGACUACAGCUGUGUUUCAUAAAUCGUAAUAAAUACAUUAAGAUAUAAUGGAGACAAUUUAUAAUUACAGUUGAAAUGAAUACUCUUCCGUGAAAAUGUCCUUCCUUUGUUUUUUCAAAGGACUUGAAGGUCUGGUAUUUGUUCGACUUUGAUGUCUACUUGCAACAUUAUCGUCCAUUUUUUUCUCUUCGAAUAGAUUAAC